AUGGGAAAUUUAGCCACUACCUCCUCUCCAGAUGCCGUCCUGCCGUGGCUCAACUCCGUCCCCUUCAUCCAAGCCGACCGCCCGACGGACACUGCGGUCAGUGGCCUGAGCUGGGCGCCCACACCCCCUGCUCUCGGCGGCCCCUCUGGUCCUGGGCGGCAGGAUGACUUCUGGAACCUACGCGACUGCAGGACGCCCACCGCCCGCCCGCCCGCCACGGGCUCUGCUGCUGCUGUGAACGCACCCAGAUGGACAGCAGGAGCGGAGGCGGUGGUAGGCAGACCUGGCUGCAGGGGAGCCGGGGCACAGAGCGGGGAGCAGGUACGAGGAGACGGGGAGCCGAAUGGAGGAGCAGGGACGGAAGGACAGAGCCGGGAGCGGGGCCGAGGGGCGCCGAGUCCGAGCCCGCGGGCCGGAGAAGCACGGAGGGGGCGGCGCCCAGCCUCGGCCUCAGCGGGCAGCCCCGCCCCGCCCCCGGGCCGCCCGGCUGCACAACCCGCGCCACGGCCCCCCGGCCCCCGCCCAGCCCGGCCGGGCCCCGCACCCACCUCACCAGCCCGGUCCGCUCCUACCGCGGUCGGCGCUCAGAUCUCCCUCCUCGGCGCCUGCGCUCUCGCGAGAUCUGCGGCUGAGCUCUCGCGAGAUCCGGCGGGGCCGGCCGGAAGCUGCCGGGCUGCGCGGAGGCUGGUCCUGGGGCUCCGCGCGAGCUCCUACCCCCGCUCCCCGCGGGGCCGUCGGGGCGCCCCCGCCCCACUCAAGACGGGCUUCGGCCGGGCGCUGCCUCGCACCGUGUUGUGUGGCAUCGCCCGCACCGCAGGGCCGGACCUGUGCGCGCUCCGCUGCUCCGACCCCGGCCGCCCCGGUACUUCCCUGACCCCCCGCGACCCCCCUCUCCUCGGGCCCGGGGGGAGGAGGGUGCCAGGCCGCUAUACCGUCCUCCUGGCGCCGUCCUCCAGGCCUCAGCCAGCGCCCCGCGUGACCGCAACCGGGUCUGUCCGGGAGCGUGAUUCCUCCCCCGGCGCCGCCCGCCGCUGCCCCCGGCGCGGGUGUGGACUGAGUGCCCUUCUUCCAGAGGGUGAGACAUGGGGCCCCAAAACGAAGGGACCGGAGGGGGAGCGCAUGAUGGAAGCAGCACGAGGGCUCCCGGACUUAACCUGCGACGCCAGCAAUGGCAUGAGAACCGGAAUUCCCCUGCAGCCCACUCCAGGCAGCUGGACUCAGGCACGGACCCGGGAGCCCUGGGCCCCACUCAUCGCUGCUGCCGUCAGUAACUGCUGGGGGACGAGCACACCCCCAGGAAGUGGCUUUGAAGAAACCAGGAACCGGUUUUAAAAAGCAAACUUAAGCCCUGGCUGGUGUGGCUCAGUGGAUACAGCAUCAGCCUGCGGACUGAAGGGUCCCAGGUUCGAUUCCAGUCAAGGGCACAUGCCCGGGGUGUGGACUCGAUCCCCAGUGGGGGGCGUGCAGGAGGCAGCCAAUCCAUGAUUCUCAUCAUGGAUGUUUCUUUCUCUCCCUCUCCUUCCUCUCUGACAUCAAUAAAAAAAUAUAUUUUUUAAAAAGAAAGCAAACUUAAAAGCAUGGAAAUCCCUUCAGGCAAUUCAACCUGCCUGUUUAUAAAGCGGCAUCAAUGCCCUGGAAGGAAAAGGGAAAUCACACGCAUGCUGCCUGCUUUGGCAAUGACCUUUACUGUCCAGGGAGCCCGGAGUAUUACAGCCGUCUUUCCAGCAAAACCCAAAGCACACCCGCCCAUGCAGUUCACACCAGUGUCUCCCCUAACUGCCUGGGGACAUCGCUGCUUGAGGCAUCUCCGGAUCAUUCACCAGAAGGAAUUUGGUCCCCAGACGGGAAUUUCAGAUUUUCCUACAUGACACUGUAGAGCCAAAAUUUCGGCUGGAAACCUGUGCUGUCCAGAGCAGAGGCAGAACCUGU